AUGGAGACAGCCAUACUUCAUUAUGAAGCAUUUAAAAGGUUUCUUUCAUCACAUCUUGCCAGAGAGCAAGCUAACGGUUCAAGAACAAAUGCUAGGGAUAAAUUAACAAGACUUACGAAAAAUCAAUUUCAAGAAUUGUCGACCGAUGUAUACGACGAGUUAACAAGAAGAAUUAGGGAUUCAAAUGAAGCGCCAUUUCUCCCUGUACGAGAUGAAUUUCAUCCAAAAAGAAAUCAAGCACGCCAAAAAUUAGCAACUUUACCAAAAAGUAGAUUUAAAGAUUUAGCGAGUGAUGUAUAUUAUGAAUUAGAAAGAAGAUUUCCUGAUCUUAAAGAUAUGGAUGUGUGUAUAUUUAUAUCGAGCAUUAAUAUUACAAUCAUGAAAUUAUUUUAUUCAUAA